CCCAGGGCGAGGAGGAGGAGGAGGGGCUGGAGGGUUUGGUUGAGCUGCGGCUGUUUGUCUGUUCGACACAGGCUUGGGCCCGACGGGGGAGACGGAGCCCCAGGACUGUUGAAGCCUGGAAGUCCCCUCCCCUCCCCCCUCCCCCCUUUGCCGCUUUGUGGCAUUCCCCUCCCUCCACCCUCUCCCACUCUGAAAAUCUAGCCAUGACUAGCAGAAGCACAGCCAGGCCCAAUGGGCAGCCCCAGGCCAGCAAAAUAUGCCAGUUCAAAUUGGUCCUGUUGGGUGAAUCUGCAGUGGGAAAGUCUAGCCUGGUGUUACGUUUUGUCAAAGGACAAUUCCAUGAGUACCAGGAGAGCACCAUUGGAGCGGCCUUCCUCACCCAGUCCGUUUGCCUAGAUGACACAACAGUCAAGUUUGAGAUCUGGGACACAGCAGGGCAGGAGCGAUACCAUAGCUUGGCCCCCAUGUACUACAGAGGUGCCCAAGCUGCAAUUGUGGUGUAUGACAUUACUAAUCAGGAGGCCCAGGCAUAUGCAGAUGACAACAGCUUAUUGUUUAUGGAGACCUCAGCCAAGACAGCUAUGAACGUGAAUGAUCUCUUCCUGGCAAUAGCUAAGAAGUUGCCAAAGAGUGAACCCCAGAAUCUGGGGGGUGCAGCAGGCCGAAGCCGAGGUGUGGAUCUCCAUGAGCAGUCCCAGCAGAACAAGAGCCAGUGUUGUAGCAACUGAGGGGGUAGCUAGCAGCGAACAAGUAUGAAGCUAGCACGAGAGCUAAGAAAUAACCUCCAUUCCCAACCCUCAGCACACAGCCCCUACGGUAACAGCACACUGAGCCCUGGCUCCCAAGGGCUGCCUCCUGACAGCUCCGUCAUGGCACUUUUUAACGCUUCAGCAACCAACACCAGGCAGCUGUUGCCACUGACCUCCUACCCCUACUCUGGGGCUUGGGGGUCAGAUCCCCCAGGACUUACCUUCCAAAACAGACUUUCUUCACUUUGUAUUAUAGGUGCAAGACAGUGACCUACUUACCUUUCCUUCUCCUCCCCACUUUUUCAGAAAACAUUUUUUUGUCUCCUGCCCCUUCUGCUUUGGUCAAUCCCUGUCCUUGAUCCCCUUGUCCUCCUCUCCCUAGGAUGGAGGUGGUGAACCCAGGAACUGAGAACGGAGGUUUCCAGUUCAGUCAUAUUAAGGGCCCUGGGGGAGAGUACGGCUCAGAGCAGGAGGGAGUAAGGAAAAUUCCUUUUUGGUUUAUUUGGUUGGAGUUUCUCAUAUUUGAAAACACUGCAGUAUCCAUGAGUUGGCCUUGUGGAAGGUGUUUCUAGGUAGAGUGAGAAUGGGAAGGCAAGCUCUUGGGCACCAGUUGGGAGUCGUGUUGUUAGUUAACUGGGCGGAGGCGGAGGCGGAGGCGGAGGAGAAGGUGGAGGUGCAGUGUCAUCUGUGGCUCUGGAACUCUUCCAAGGCCUAGUUCCCCUUCACUCAGUCUCUUAGGUAGCUUCUCCUCCAUAGUGGGGGGAACUCUGGACCCCAGAGUCCUCCAAAGAAUCUUCACUGGUUGCCUGCAUCUUUGGUUCUGCUGUGAUCUAACUGGAGGAGGGACCAGUUUCUGACACCCAUCCUCUGAUUUAUACAUAUGCAUUUUUUCCUCUCUGGCCUUUGGAUGGCCUCAGCCCCAGCCAUUGUAUCCCCCUGCAGUUUGCACUUUAAUUGAUGGUAGUUCAGUUGGGACACUUGUUUUAUGGGGGUUUUGAUUGAUUUACCUGCCCUCUCACCUUUUAAAUUAAAUGGAAUCCAAGAUGUAUAUGAGGUUUGGGGAGGGACUGUCGAGUGGCAGCUACUCAAGCCCAAUCUCCAAUGCUAUCUUGCUCCAACUCUGAUUCUUAACCUAUAUUCUUGCCAGCCUAUAUUCUUGGGUAUAGGUUUGCCUUUCCUGGGGAAUUAACUGAAGCAACUGGAGAGCGGUCUCAGGAUAGCACAGACCAUGGUAGGGGUGAAGAGGAGUCAGGCAAGAGGGAGGAGUUUUCUCUCCUUCCCCAGGGUUCAUGUUCAAUUUGACCCACCCAUUACCAUGUCUUUUCUACUUCCCUGUACAUAGGUAUGAUCUUUAUUCCCACUGUACAGUCUGUUCUUUCCCCCCACCCCCACCCCUCCCAUCAGGCCCUAUUUCUUUUCUCCAUUGUUAGUAUCUUCAGUUUAGUCCCUCCAUGCUUAUGCCCAUACUCAUCCCUCAUGCAACCAGUGGCUUAAUCCAUGUACCACUAGGGGCUAGCACCACAGAGGCCUACUUGUGGCCCCCUUAAAAUAUAACACCUGUUCCUGUGGUCAGAGAGACUGGCACUGAAGGUCCCUCACAACUGUUUCACAUCACCAGACGAAGUUGGUCCUUUCUAAAUCUCUAGCCUCUCUUCACAUCCCUCAUCAGGUAUUUUAGGAUGUCUUUGGGAAGCCAUCAAGGCAGGAGAGCAUUCUAAACUUCUUUUUGUUCCAGCCUAGGGUUUUGGGAAAAUUGGGGAAAGUAAUAUAGGAAAGGCCUCAGUGACCUAGGAUUGGAACCUUUCCGCCCUUUUGGCUUACAGACUUCCUUCUGUCCCAGAGCAGCUGAGAAAUCCAUGAGGCUGAGAUUCUAAAGGACCCAGCUUAGGUUCUUCCACUUAGGCUUCAAUUCCCUUCCUUUUCCAGGGGCAGCCUUAGUUCCCGUGGCCCUGAAAUACAUACACAUUUUGUCUUCCUUUGCCAGCACCUCACCAGCCCCCAACAGCACCCAGUGCAUUCUUAAAAGUGGAAGAACUAGGAUGGCUCUCUUAAGUCUCUUAGAAAUGAAGUUCUUUCUCUGUGCAGCUUUCCCCAUGGAGCAGGAGUGAGGAUGUUUCAUUGCCUUGGGGCUGGGAAACGAUUUCUGCCGGCUUCUUCUCCCUCUCCAGCCCCUUUAGGAACAGGAUUGGCCUUAGCUUCUGGGCCUAUCUGCUGCCUUCCUUCUACUUCCUACCAGCUCUCUGCUUUCCUUUGAGCUCUCUUGGGCUUGGAAAUCUUAGUUUUUAUUUCGCAGCUCUUCAUUUUUUCCUUCUAUCAGUUUUUUUUGGGGGGGUUCCCUUUUUUUCUUUUAAGAAAGCAUUUGCCUUCCCCCCCCCCCCUUACUCUUCCAACAUAACAAUCGUGGUAACAGAAUGCGACUGCUGAUUUACCGAUGUAUUUAAUGUAAGUAAAAAAGAAAAAAAAAAGAAAAGUG